GCUCCAGAUGCUAAGCUACCUACUCCCUGCUAAGCAUUAGCAUUAGCAUUAGCAUUAGCAUCACGCCUCCAGUCACUGAGACCAUGUCAGUGUGACCCGAUGGCUCUGCUGACAUCUUCUUACCAAACAGACCCUGGUCUGCACUGAACGAGUGGAAAUAAAGACAUAAAAUAAACAAUAAAUGCAAAUAAAUAAAGGUUUACCAGUUAAAACAGGUCAUUACCAUUAAAACUGUCUGAUUUUCAGCCAUUUAUUCAGGAAUCUCAGGGUAGAUUGUUCCUUGCUGGCGUCAGUCAGAGGAACAGACCCAUCAAAUAUUCAGGCUGGUUCUAGAUCUGGAGGAAUCCUUGUAGUCUCUGCUCAGUGGAGACAUGUUGUCCUCUGUUGUCCUCUCAGUCCCACAGGUGGAGGUGGACUCAGGGGUGGAGUCUGUCCUGCUGCCCUGCAGAACCACAGCUCACCUGCCUAAAGACGCUACGGUGGAGUGGAAGGACAGAGGAGACAAAAAGGUCCAUGUGUUCAAGAACGGUUCUGAUCAGCCGGACCAACAGGACCAGAGAUACAGAACCAGGACCAAGAUGAAGAAGAACCCGGUGAAGACCGGAGACCUGAGUGUGACUCUGAAGCACCCCACAGACACCGACAGCAGAGCCUUCACCUGCACCGUCUACAGCCGCUGGAGACGGAUCCACAAGACGGUCGUCACUCUGCGGGUCAAAGUCCCACAGGUGGAGGUGGACUCAGGGGCGGAGUCGGUCCUGCUGCCCUGCAGAGCCACAGGUAAACUGCCUGAAGAUGUUACGGUGGAAUGGAUGGACAGAGGGGACAGGACGGUCCAUGAGUAUGAGAACGGCUUUGAUCAUCCUGAAGAACAGGACCAGUUCUACAGAGACAGAACCAAGAUGAACGAAGACCCACUGAGAACUGGAGACCUCAGCCUGACCCUGAAGCUCCCCACAGACAGAGACGCUAACAGCUACACCUGCAUCGUCUCCAGGGAGGGAAACGUCCUGAUUCAGAAACAAGUUCAUCUCCAUGUCAAAGUGACACAUCAGGUGGAGGUGGACUCAGGGGCGGAGUCUGUCCUGCUGCCCUGCAGAACCACCCUUCACCUGCCUGGAGACGCUUCGGUGGAGUGGACGGACAGAGACAGCAGGAAGGUCCAUGUGUACCAGAACGGUUCUGAUCAUCCUGGAGAACAGGACCAGUUCUACAGAGACAGGACCAAGAUGGACGGAGACCUGCUGAGAACCGGAGACCUCAGUCUGACGCUGGGACACCCCACAGACGGAGACAGUGACAUCUACACCUGCAGCGUCUUCAGCAGAGAGGGACACAUCCUGAUGAAGAAGCAGGUCCGGCUGCAGGUCAAAGGCCAACAGGUAGAAGUGGAGGAGGGGGCGGAGUCGGUCCUGCUGCUGUUCAGGACAACACCUGACCUGCCAGGAGACGCCAAGGUGGCGUGGGGUUGCAACAAACCCGAACAAGUAUUGUUGGCCCAUCUGUAUGAGAAAGGCUCAGAUCAGCCAAGCAAACAGCACCAGCUCUACAGAAACAGAACCAGGGUGAACGAAGACCUGCUGAAGUCUGGAGACCUCAGUCUGACCCUGAGUUACCCCACACAGAGGGACAGCGGGGCGUACAGGUGUGGCGUCUGGAGGGAGGACCAACUGCUGAGAGGCAAAACUGUUCGGCUCAAAGUCAAAGGGAGCGUUCCAGACCAGGAUCAGGAGAAAUCAGAAACUGAUGUAGCUCCAUUGAUCCAACUCCUCUGAUGAUUGAUCAGUCAGUCUGAUCGAUUUGUUGAAAGAUCAUCACUAAAACUGGACUUUGAACUGGAGAGCAAACUUCAGCCAGGACUGAUCAAUAUGGGUCAGAACUGAAUUAUUCUCAGGUGUAAUAACUAGACUGAGAGUCAAGGGAGACGGUACCAAAGACCAUAGAACCACCUUGACUUACCUUGAUCCUUGGGUGCUUUGACUUCCUGGAUCAUGAAAUCUUUGGUUAGUUUUUCUUCAGAGUGUCUAUUGGUUCUUACUUUUAUUGACUUUUUGUAAAUUUUUGUCACUUUUUGUCAGAUUUUCUCCCUGCUCCUCCUGGAUUGCCCCCACUAACCAGGAGGAACAGGGAGGAACCCGUCAGUAUUCCCUCAGCGCUCAUUGAUCUCAGCUGCUCCUUAUCACCUGUACCUGCCUUCCUCCUCGUGUCUCACCUGUACAUACCUGGUCCCUCCUUUUCCUCCUCCUUCAGUUCCUGUGCUUCUCCUCCUUUUAAAAUCCAUCAUGUCUGACCUGCGUCUCCACCUGGGUCUGUCCACGCCUAAAGGACGGCUGGAGAUUCGGUGGACAAAGCCUUUACCCAUGACUUGCUGGUCGUUUGGGGACGGACGGUGCUGAGUUCCCAGGACCGGGUCAGAACCAAUCGGAUCACUGAGCCUGCUUAUACUGCUAUAUACUCAUCAACACCAUGGAAGGAG